AGCCGCGCACCGCAUCAAACAGGCAUGUUUUUUCCUCAUCGUUUAGCUUUUGGUCAUGGCUAAACAGUACGACUUUUUGUUCCGGCUGCUCAUGCUCGGAGACUCGGGGGUUGGGAAGACUUGCAUGUUGCGCCGGUUCACGGAAAGUGACUUUGACAGUUCACAUAUUUCCACCAUCGGAAUUGAUUUUAAGAUGAAAACCUUAGAGGUAGAUGGAACCAAGGUGCGAGUACAGAUAUGGGACACAGCUGGUCAGGAACGCUAUCAGACCAUCACCAAACAGUACUACAGGCGGGCACAAGGCAUCAUCUUUGUCUACGACAUCGCAGACAAGCAGUCCUUUAAGCACAUAGGGAAGUGGGUCAGUGAUGUGGAUGAAUGUAUCGCGCAAAAAGUGGAGACCAUAUUGGUAGGAAACAAGUGUGAUGAUGCAGUCAGGAGGCAAGUGACAAAGAAGCAAGGAACCAAGUUAGCAGAAUCCUAUGGGAUGCCCUUCUUUGAAACCAGCGCCUCCGCAAAUAUCAACGUCAAUGAGGCAUUCAUACGUUUGACAGAACUCGUGCUACAGGCUCACCAGAGGGACGUGGACAACUUGUUGGGAUCUCUAGACAGUUAUCUGGACAAGGCAGGUCUGGAGGAAGAGAAAGAGAGUAAAGACACUAACUGUUCUCAGAAGACCUGCUCCUGUUAAAAACAGAGUGCCAUCAUGGUGCCAUGGCUUUGCAUGACUUGAUUCAGCCCUCCUCCAACCUCUUUACAGAUGCACCGACUUGUUGCCCCACGGUUUGGUGGAUGGGUUUCACCUUUUGUAAGUUUGUUGAAUUAUGUUGCGUUAAAUGCAUUUAGUAGCAGCUACCACCAGAGGGCCAAAUUUAGUGGCAUGAUCACUGAGGUGAGGAGUGGAUCCACAGUUUAUGGAGGAAACUGUUUUCUGUAAUACGACUAUCCAUACACACACUCACACACACACACACAACCUAAAAAUAUGUUUGCACUAAGCACCUGGUUUAUCAGUUGUGCACCACAUUUUCUUUAUUUUUAUUUAAUAAUUUUAUUGGGGCUGUAAGUGAAUUAUGGAUUCAAAUCGACAAUCAUUUAUCUGAGGAGGAUGGAGGCGACGACAAAGCAGCUGAAUUAUUUACACCUGGAAAUUUAAAGCCAGCAGGGGUGGAGUUAUUUCCACAGUUGACUAUGUUCCUUAUGGGAGACUGUGUUGUGCCAUGUUUGGAGAUCUUGAACGCCUGCUCGUGCAUUAUCACCCUGAAUGUGUGUGUUUGCGUUACGGAUGCGAUUGGCACUGCCUGCUGUGUGUUGUUUUACUGCUCAUUGAAAUAAUGUAUUCAGGGUCUGCCAAGGUGCCACUUAAGUGUAAUUUUAAAAUAAUGUGUACAGAUUGUUACACAAAAACGGGUUAAUAAAUUAAAGUUCUCAUAUUAGAACAAAUGAGUUGGGUGUUUGGACCUUGCUGAGUCAUUACAUUAGGAUGCAAGGAGUGAAGUCAUGUCCACAGAGAGUUCAGACAGUAGAUUCAUUCAUUUUUAAUCGCGCGCUCUGAAAGACGGGGGAUCGUGUUGAAUUUUUCAUGAUAGAGAAAACUGAUACGUGUCACAGAGAUACUGUAAAGUAGGGUACAUGUGGUAGCACAUGCAGGUUUCAUUCCUAAAGCACUCUUUUGAAAGUAAUAUAGUUAAAUUGACUCCUAGAGAGUCGGAUUUUGUUUAACAAAAUUAUAAAAAUAGAAUCCUAAUAAGA